AGCAGCAGGAUUGCACCUGCGGGACUCCAGCUCUGCAGGAGAGGGAGGGACGGACGGAGCUGCUCCUCACCGCUCUCGCCUCGCUUUGGGCUUCCCGUUGCUCUGCCUGUGUGGAGGCCUGAGGCAUGGGGACCAGGGAAUGGACGCUUUCCACCUUCAUGGGAUGCUGCAUAUGGAUUCUGCAUGGGCUUGGGGCUGCUGCCGCCACCAUCCCUGUCACCACCGAGGGGCUGUUUGCUGUGGGAACAUCUUCUCCCACCAUGGUGGAGAGCGAGGGGCCCCAUGACCUGGUGAUGGGCACUGCGGAGACAAACACUGUGGCAGCCAAUGCUGAGAUAGCCGAUAGCAUCCUCGUGGAGAAUCUGUCGAGCCCGUCCUCCCCUCCCGGGCCUGAGCCGGAUGCUUCGGUGACAGCGGCGAGCGACUAUGGGUCUACAGUACCAGCUUUGACGAAUGUGACCAAGCCUCUUAACACAUCUCAGGAUAUUGAGAGGGGUUCGGCUGCUCCCACUGCAGCCACAACCACUGCCGCCAUCUCUGCACAGCACCCCGCUGUCACCCCAGAAGCAGAGCUUGAUGUAAUGGGGGCUGCUCCCGAUGCCCCCCUGGGGACCGCUCCCGAUGCCCCCCUGGGGACCACCCCUCUCUUUGCAGAUGUGAAGGAGGACAUCCUCGCGGCUGUGACCAGAGAAGGAGCAGAUCUAGACCCCACCGCCAGCGCUGUGUCCCUCCCCACCACCCCUCCGCUGGCAGCUGCCUGGGGGGCACAGCCAACUGCUGGCAGCCCCAUGGGUGCUGGUGUCACUGUGCUGCCGAGCCAAGGGCUGACCACAGCCACAGGAGCAGUUGAGGAAGGCAUAACCCUGCCUGUGGAUACCCAAAGCGAAGCCAGUGCCAACUCCUCAAGCCCCAGCCCCGGGGGGCUGCUUACAACCCAGCAGGAUGGGACGGUGAGCAGGGCCAUGGGCAUCACCCCAGAGCCAGUGGGAGAAAAGGCCCCCGCUGUCGAGGAAAGUCCCUCGGCUUUGGUGCGUGGAGACACAGGAGAUGCAGUAAAUGGUGAAUUCAGCACGGUUGGCUCGUCCAGUCUGCCUCCGGAGAGCCCAACAGUGUCAGGAACAGUGGGAAACCCAGGGGAGCCCUCCCUCCUCCAUGGCCAAGCAGUGCUGAGCCCAGCCACUUUGCUGCCACCGGCCGGUGGUGGGGAUGGGGAUGGGCAGAGAGCUCCUGGGGUGUUAUCAGAGGCUCCUGGUUCAGCCCUGUCACCUGCAGCCAGCGAGGCACCCAUGGCACCCAAGGUGACAGGGGACACAGCCACCACACCGCUGGUUCCCACUGAUACACAGAGUGACAUGAAUCCCCCACUCCUGGACACUGCACUGCCCACAGGGGACGUGGGGGCUGUGGGACUGGCCAAACCAUCCCUGCAGCCUGCCCCAUGGCAGACCCCCACUGGAGAACAGCCACUGCUGCUUUCUGCUGCUCUGCCAUCUCCCACGGACAUCCCCAGCGCUCCCGGGGCUGCUUACCCACCCCCAGUGACUGGGGCCAGCACCCUGCCUGCGCCUGAUGAUGGGGCAGAGAUACCAGCAAGCCCCAACCUCGCUGCUGCCCCAGGAGCACCCGUGUCUCCAUCUCUUGGGGGGUCACAGCCAUGGGGGAUGGCAGCUGGUGCUCCCCAGGGAGCCGAUGGACCUGGUACUGGCUUGAGUUCAGCUUCAGAUGCCCCCAUCCCAGCAUCUUUUGUACCUGAUGGACUUGCAUGGCCCACUGCUGGGGUCCAGGGUGAGGGUGCAGGGGGCAUGGCACAGGCAGGAGGUCCAGGGGAUGGCAGUCCCUCUGCAGAUACCCAGAGUGACAUGAGUCCUUCAGACUUCAGCACUCAGCAGGAUCCCGCUAACGCUGGAUUGCUGCCGGUAGGAGCAACAGGAGCUUUGGCAAAUGCUGACCUGUCCCCUCCAUCAGCUCCCGGGGAUGGAGCAGGAACAGGAGUAGCGCCAGCACUGGGACAAGUGUCCCCACCUGGUCCCGCACCUCCCAGUAGUGCUGGGCUGGAGCCCGGUCUCUCAGGGGCAGAAGGACCAGGGGACCUGCCCGGUGAAUCCACCAGCACUCCUGGGGCUGUGGCCGGCCCCAUGUCUGGGGCAGAGACAGCAGCAAGCCUCAACCCUGGUGCUGCUCAAGAAGCACCCAUGUUGCCAUCCUUCGGGGCAUCACAGCCGUGGGGGACGGCAGCUGGUGGUCCCCAGGGAGCAGGUCUGCCUGGAGCCAACGGACCAGGCACCGGCUUGACUUCGGCAUGGGAUGUUUCCAGCUCAGCAACUUAUGGACCAGCAGGACCCCCAUCACCUGCCCUUGGGGUCCAGCUUGGCACAAACCUGGGGCUUCCAGCAGCAGAGGGGCACGGAGCUGGAACAGCGGAGCCGGUGCUGGGAGGAGCAGGCAGUGGGACCAGUUUUGAGCCAUCCCUUAGCUCCACUGCAGGCAGCGUGAUGGCAUCUGGGAUGGAUCAACCGCCUGGUGGAGGUUCCUCGUCCGGUCCUGCCUCUCCCAGUGAUGUGGUGGUGGCACCCUCCAUUUCAGAGGGUGAUGGAGCAGGACCCAUGCCAGCUGCAACCCCUGGCCCUGACAGCUUGUCCCUGGCCUCUCCAGACAGUGAAACUGGCCCAGCGCUUACUCUGGUGCAGGGGGCUGAGAGUGCAGGGGAUGUGGAACAGGCAGGAAACCCAGCGAGUGAAAGUCCCUACAUGCAGGCAAGUCCUUCAGAAUUCAGCACUCAGCAGGAAGCUGCUAACAACGGAGAGCUGCCAGCAGGAGAAACAGGGGCUUUGGUGAAUGCUGACCUGUCCCCUCCAUCAGCUCCCGGGGACGGAGCAGGAACAGGAGUAGCGCCAGCACUGGGACAAGUGUCCCCACCUGGUCCCGCACCUCCCAGCAGUGCUGGGCUGGAGCCCGGUCUCUCAGGGGCAGAAGGACCAGGGGACCUGCCCGGUGAAUCCACCAGCACUCCUGGGGCUGUGGCCGGCCCCAUGUCUGGGGCAGAGACAGCAGCAAGCCUCAACCCUGGUGCUGCUCAAGAAGCACCCAUGUUGCCGUCCUUCGGGGGGUCACAGCCGUGGGGGACGGCAGCUGGUGGUCCCCAGGGAGCAGCUUGGCACAAACCUGGGGCUUCCAGCAGCAGAGGGGCACGGAGCUGGAACAGCGGAGCCAGUGCUGGGAGGAGCAGGCAGUGGGACCAGUUUUGA